AUGGAAAGAAUUGAUCAAUUUGCCGAUUCCUACUUUCUUCCCGAACUUUUGAGAGAAAUUCUACUAAAACUUCCUGCUAAAUCUUUACUUCGAUUCACAGCUGUCUGCGAAUCAUGGCAUUCCGUCAUCACCAGUUUUCCUUUCAUCUCCGCUCACCUCGCACAAACCCCACAUUCUGACACCCUUAUUGUUAGGCGUUACGUCAGUACUUCCAAUAGAGAGCACUAUUCGUUGUUUCAAGAUUCUAAGAAUCAACCAUUUUACUUGAAUUUCACAUCGGAACUGAAUUUCCCGUUGAAUUGCCAACUUGGGUAUUUCAGAAUUAUUGGCAGCUGCAAUGGCAUCCUGUGUUUGGCUGACGAUUUGUUUGGUGAGUUGCGGAGUCUUAUUUUUUGGAAUCCCUCUAUUAAGAAGUUUAUAGCUUUACCUAUGACUUCGAUUAAGCGUCAGUCACCUCAUAUUGUUGUUUUUGGAUUUGGUGUUGAUUUGUCUAAGACGGAUGCUAUAAGUUGGUAUGAGAGGGAGAUAGAUGAUGCUUCAUGUGAAGUAUGGGUGAUGAAGCAGUAUGGAGUUUUGGAAUCGUGGAGUAGGUUGUAUCGUAUAAAUUUGGUUGCAGAUAUGGAGAAAGUAGUCAGAUUUAGCUGCAAUGGCAUCAUGUGUUUGUCUGGCAAAUUGUUUGGUAAGUUUCGGAGUCUUGUUUUGUGGAACCUUUCUAUUCAGAAGUUUAUGACCUUACCUUUCCCUUCGAUUAAGCCUAAGUCGCCUCAUAUGUCUGUUCUUGGAUUUGGUGCUGAUUUGCAUGAGACUAAUGGCUAUAAGUUGGUUAGACUUGUGUAUCGUAAGAAUGAUGUGUUCAAGUAUAAUGGUUUUCCUGAGAUUGAAAUUUAA